AUGGUUGAAGCUGUUGCUGAUAUUGGUCUUAUUGGUUUGGCCGUCAUGGGUCAAAACCUCAUCUUGAACAUGAACGAUCACGGUUAUACUGUCUGUGCCUACAACCGUACUACCUCCAAGGUUGAUGAUUUCUUGGCCAACGAGGCUAAGGGUACCCAAAUUGUUGGCGCUCACUCUGUUGAGGAACUCUGUGCCAAGUUGAAGCGUCCCAGAAAGGUCAUGCUCCUUGUCAAGGCCGGUGCUGCCGUUGAUGCUUUCAUUGAGCAAUUGUUGCCUUUCCUCGAAGAAGGUGACAUUAUCAUUGAUGGUGGUAACUCUCACUUCCCCGACUCCAUUCGUCGCGCUAAGGAAUUGGAAGGAAAGGGUAUUCUUUUCGUUGGUUCUGGUGUCUCUGGUGGCGAGGAAGGUGCUCGUUAUGGUCCUUCUUUGAUGCCCGGCGGUAACCCUAAGGCCUGGCCUCACAUCAAGAACAUCUUCCAAGAUAUCUCUGCCAAGGCUCCCGAUGGUGCUCCCUGUUGUGAGUGGGUCGGUGAAUCUGGUGCUGGCCACUAUGUCAAGAUGGUUCACAACGGUAUCGAAUACGGAGACAUGCAAUUGAUUUGUGAAGUCUAUCAAAUCAUGAAGGAAGGUCUCGGUAUGUCUCACGAAGAGAUGGCUCAAACUUUCGAAGAAUGGAACAAGGGUGAAUUGGAUUCUUUCUUGAUUGAAAUCACUCGUGAUAUCCUCAAGUUCAAGGACACUGAUGGUUCUCCUCUUGUUGAAAAGAUCCUCGACACCGCUGGUCAAAAGGGUACUGGUAAGUGGACUGGUAUUGACUCUCUUGAUCGUGGUAUCCCUGUUACCUUGAUUGGCGAAGCUGUCUAUGCUCGUUGUCUCUCUUCUCUCAAGGGUGAGCGUGUCCGUGCCUCCAAGAUCUUGAGCGGUCCCUCUUACAAGUUUGAAGGUGACAAGGCCAAGUUCAUUGCUCAACUCGGUCAAGCUCUUUACGCUGCCAAGAUUGUCUCCUAUGCUCAAGGUUUCAUGUUGAUGCGUCAAGCUGGUAAGGACUACAACUGGAACUUGAACUUUGCCGGUAUUGCCCUCAUGUGGCGUGGCGGUUGUAUCAUCCGUUCCGUUUUCUUGGGUAAGAUCAAGGAUGCUUACACCAACAACCCUGAACUCGAGAACUUGUUGUUCGAUCCCUUCUUCCAAAAGGCUACCUCUGAUGCCCAAGGCUCUUGGAGAUCUGUCAUUGCCCAAGCUGUUCAAAUGGGUAUCCCUACUCCUGCUCUCUCCACUGCCUUGAACUUCUACGAUGGUCUCCGUCACGAAAUUCUCCCUGCCAACCUUCUCCAAGCUCAACGUGAUUACUUUGGUGCUCACACCUACGAGCUCUUGGAUGCUCCUGGCAAGCACGUUCACACCAACUGGACUGGUAAGGGCGGUAACGUCUCUGCCUCUACUUAUGAUGCUUAA